AUGUCGCAAUCAAUUUGGACUAAUACACCAUUCACAACAAAUACUGGAGAAUCAGCUCAUGCAAAUAUUAACAGAAAUGGACAUAAUUUAUCUUUAUUAGCUGCAAUUAACAAAGCUAAAGAAUUUGACAAACUUCAAUGGAGUUCAGCUUAUAUAUAUGAAAAAACAAAUAUACCAGAAUCUUAUCGUGAUAAAUCUCUAUUACAAAGAACUACUAAAGUGGUUAAAAAAACUAAACAAGAAAAACUUUUGAGAAUUGAGCAUGAAAAGCUUGCAAUUCAGAAAGAUAAAAAUAACGAGUUGGAAAAAGAAAUAAUGUUACGAGAGAAACUUCAAAAACUUUUAAAUAAUUAA